UAUUCACAUUUCAAUAAAAAGUAAGAAAGAAAAAAAAUCCCUUGUAUGUUUUCCACCUUCAAAUAACUUUUUUCCUUAAAAAGAAGAUUACAAAAAAGCAUGAGCCAAUGGAAAAAGACAUACGAGGUGAGACCUAGAGGCUCUGGAGCCACAUGGGAUCUUUUACCUUUCCAUUCAGGCUAAAGUUUUUUCUUUUAUUUUAAAAAGUAACUGUAAAGGAAAAUGUAAGUAAGUAGUAAGAUAAAAAAAAAAAUCCAAGUCAAAACGUUAAUUAAGUCAUUCCCAAUAAAUAUAUAGGACAGUCUGUCACAAGAUGAAUUAAAAAUGUUUAGAUAGAAUUUUGUGUGAUCAGAAAAUCAGUUGGAGCACAAAAAGAUUUAAGGCACAUUUAAGUAUUUAAGUUUUUAUUUAAACAAAUAUUAAGCACACACGAUGGUUCAAAAGAUAUGGUAAGGGAUAUACAAAUUUCUGGCUGACAUCCACCAAAAAUGGUCAACUUAUGUGUUUUUUUUAUCACGUCAUUUCUCCAUCUACUAUUUGCAGCAAUGAUGAUAAGUUGUGGUCUUUUAUUUUGAAAGGAAGCAUGCCAAAAGAUUAAAAACUAGAUCAUAUUUUGAAAGAAAAUACUAUUAAUUCUUUAUGUUUAUGUUUUAUUUAUGAAAAAAAUCAUCAUCAUCAUCAUACAAGUAACAAUACUAUAAAAAUAAGUGUUUUAAAGACGUUUUUGUCACUCAGAAAUCUACCUGAAUGUCUCUGUAAGUGUUGAAAGUUGCAGACUGGAUUGUUGGGGAAUAUUAAUCCGUGGAUUAGUGAUGCAAUGCAUCCAUAUCUGGUCAAUAGUUUGGAUUUCACCGUGUGCAUCCAUCGCUAUUUAUUUCGCAAAAAAAAUGAAAAAAAAAAUCAAAAUUUGAAAAAAAGUUAAAAUCAAGGCUGGAUUCGGACUCAACGCCCUUGGAGUUUUAGUAUCUCCCUGCACCAGGUGAUCAGCAGCAAACAAACGUUUUAAAAUCAUUUACCCGCUGGAUCAGGUUGAUGCGUAAAAGUGCGCGAUCAAAAGACAUGCGUUGAGUAAUGGUCCCCGUGUUUCCUGGCUUUACGCGCUGAUUCAAUCACCUUUAAAAAACGGACAAAUAAUUUCCUCAACAUCAAAGACUUUCGGGUUAACUUCCGCAACCCCAUCAAACCAUCUCCUGACAAGACUUAUCUUUUUCUGAUCCCUCGCUAUCAGCCUCAGUUCUGUGCGUAAAAACCAACCACGGGGAUCUGUGUUACACUUUUCCUGCAGGAUUAAGCGGAUCUUCCUCCGCUCCUGCAUGGAGGCUGGGAGCCCACCGUCGCCCGGCCCUGAGGGCCCAGGGUGCCCUUUUGAUCAUUUCAGUCUCUCUUUGGUGCAAUACCUCUGAUUGGCCGGGAGACUAAGCAGGGGGGAAAAUCUUUAAUUAAGCAGAUAAUCUCUUGUUGGGACGAGAGCAGCUCCAUUUCAGAGCCCCCUCCUUUAAUCUUGAUAGCUCCUCGUGAAGUUUCAUGCCGCGCAUUUUGCUCUCCAUCUUUGCGCAGUCUACAAGCACUUUUACCUGUCAGGAUGUUCCUGCACUGGGAAGCUCCAUACUACAUCUUUCUUCUGCUGACGCACAUGAGGUCUUGCUGCUGCUGGUCAGUGAAUAAUUUCUUGAUGACUGGACCCAAGGCCUACCUGAUCUACUCCAGCAGCGUGGCGGCAGGAGCUCAGAGUGGCAUAGAAGAAUGCAAACACCAGUUUGCAUGGGACCGCUGGAACUGCCCCGAGAGAGGUCUCCAGCUGUCCACUCACAGCAGCCUGCGCAGCGCGAACCGAGAAGCUGCGUUUGUCCACGCCAUUAGUUCUGCGGGGGUCAUGUACACCCUGACCAGGAACUGCAGCCUGGGAGACUUUGACAACUGUGGCUGUGAUGACAGCAGGAACGGACAGCGAGGUGGUCACGGUUGGCUCUGGGGCGGCUGCAGCGACAAUGUCGGCUUCGGUGAGGCCAUUUCGAAACAGUUUGUCGACGCUUUGGAGACGGGUCAGGAUGCUCGCGCGGCUAUGAAUCUGCACAACAACGAGGCUGGCCGCAAGGCUGUUAAAGGGACCAUGCAGAGGACGUGCAAGUGUCACGGCGUGUCAGGAAGUUGUACCACUCAGACCUGUUGGCUGCAGCUGCCGGAGUUCAGAGAAGUGGGGAACUACCUGAAGGAGAAGUACCACCGGGCGCUGAAAGUGGACCUCCUGCGAGGAGCGGGCAACAGCGCAGCCAGUCGAGGAGCCAUCGCUGAGACCUUCAGCUCCAUCUCCCGCAAGGAGCUGGUCCACCUCGAAGACUCCCCCGAUUACUGCGUGGAGAACCACACCUUGGGGUUGCCGGGCACGGAGGGCCGCGAGUGCCUGAAGAAGGGCAAGAACUUGAGCAAGUGGGAGAAGCGGAGCUGCAAGAGGUUAUGCGGAGAGUGCGGGCUGGCUGUGGAGGAGCGCAAGGCCGAGAUGGUGUCCAGCUGCAAUUGCAAAUUCCACUGGUGCUGCGCGGUGAAGUGUGAGCAGUGCCGAAAAACAGUGACCAAAUACUUUUGUGUGAAAAAGGGAGGUCAGAGGGGUCGAAACGAGAGCGCCACCGGACGCAGAAAGAACCUGAGACUGCGGAAGAAGCACUGAACAUCUUCAAUAUGUGCUCCUGCAAAGAUACAGCCCUGAAGAAAAUGUUUGUCCCAGAUGAAAUACAAUAAAAAAAGCCUUUAUUAAGGUUUUUGGAAUAACGGGGGUAAAAAUAAAGCCAGAUUUAGAAGAAAUUAAAAUAUAUUUAAGAUCUAUUUUUAUAUUUUUCACAGCUUUUUGAAAAGAUUUUUCCACAAAUUCAUUUAAAAGAAUAAAAGAAAACCUUAAAAGUUGAAGAAAUGACAUUAAAUCUCAAACUCAUUUUUUAAAAUCCAUCAAGUUCUGGAUAUUUCAACUUCCUCUGGUAAGUUUUAGGAUAGAACCUUUUUGGGAAUCACGUGGCUCUCCCUGACCUUAACCCUCUUGAUGUAUUUAAUUGUACAUAAAAAGAAGCACUUUGUACUGUACAUUGUUAAUUUAUUGCACAGCGUUUUCUAGUUUUGCUUUGUUUUAGUUGCCUUUUUGUUGUUGUUGUUUCUUUUCUAUUAAAAUGUAAUGAAAGCAUAAUAAAUCCUUUAAUCACGUUUAUCAUUCA